AUGGAAGAAUUUUUAAAUUAGAAUGACCUUUAAACUAGAUUUAGUGAUUAUUAUUCUUAUAUUGAAACUCUAGGACAAGGAGCUUUCGGAUUGGUUGUUAAAGCAGUCAAUAACAAUUCAAAGGCAUUAGUUGCUGUAAAAGUAGCAAUAUAUACAAUAUAUUAGAUUAUCUCAAAAGCAACUAUAAAAAAAUUUGACUCCCUUGAAUAAGAGGCUGCUAUUUUUUCAUAAUUAAAUCAUUAAAAUAUUGUCAAAUUUUUCGAUAUUAAAAGAACAGAUACUAAAAUUUUGAUAGAAAUGGAAAUUAUAAAUGGAGGAUCAUUAUAAAAAUUAAUGGAUACUAAGAUAAAGUUUAACUAAUGGUUUGAAGUUAAAGAAAUUAAAUAAAUUAUUUAAGGAAUUCUGAGUGCCCUAUCUUAUAUUCAUGAUAAUCACUUUGUUCAUAGAGAUUUAAAGCCGGAUAAUAUACUUAUAGGAGAAGCAUCAAAUAUUGUAAAAAUUACUGAUUUUGGAUUGAGUUCUCAUCAUAAUCGAUACGCUUUAAUGCAAAAGAAAUGUGGUACUUUAACAUACAUGGCUCCUGAGUUAUUAUUAAAAAAAGUUUAUAACAAAGUAUGAUUAUUAUUUAAUUAGAAUGUAGAUGUGUGGAGUGUAGGAGUUAUAUUAUAUCAAUUGCUAAAUAAGGGUAAACAUCCAUAUUUUAUCAAUGGGUAAAAUUAACAGUAAUUAAUUAAAAAUAUGGAAAAAAUGCAUACAAUAGAUAACUUUCAAAACAUGGAUCGGUAUUUUUAAUUGAUUUAAUAUAGUUAAUAGAUAUCUUUAUUUCAAAGAAUGACUGAAUUUGAUUCCACUAAAAGAUAUAGUGCUUUUUAGGCUUUGCUUCACCCUUGGAUAAAUGAGAAAAGGUAGGUGAUUCCAUAAAAUUUCACUGAAAUGUUUGAUCUUUGGCUUUUGACAUAGAAGGCCAUCCUGUUUAUAAAAGGUUUGAUGAUUAUUAUACAUCUCAAAAAUAAUGUCAAAAUAUCAGGGUAAAAAUAUUUAACUUUAUCUGAUAAUUAAUCGAAACUUACUAAAACUGAUGUAAGUGAUGAUAAUUAAGAUUCUUCUCCAUACCAUUAAACUUCAAACUUAUUAAACUUCUUAAAAAUAAGACAAAAAAUUUAGAAAUCAAAGUAGAGUGACUAUUCCUCUACAAAUGCUUCUCCUAUAAUGAUCAAAAGCAUAGAAAGAUAAGAAAAUAGCAACGGGGAUCUAUUAUUCCUGCAUAGUUUAUUACCAGAUUUAAAAAUUGCAAAAGAAUAUCCUGAAAGAAACUAGAAGAUUCAAAUAAAAAGAUUGGACAGUUCCUUAUCUCAAAAUACAAAAAAUAGUUGUAGCACUAGCCCAUAUAAAUGUAAUGGCAAUAAAUAAAUGAAAUUUUUACUUAAGCCUUUGCCUACAUAAAAUGAUCUUCAGAAAGAAACCUAAACUGUAGAUUUAUACAAAAUAUAGUAAACAAUCAAUUAACUUAGGCAAAAGCAAUUUGGAUAUAAACAGAGUGGAAUCCUUGAAAACGAUUCACAAGGGUUCAGCCCUUUCCACACAAAAACAGCAUCUUUUCAUUAGAGCAGGACUACGAAAUAUAAAACCGAAGCCUAACAUAGACAGAAAAGAAUUUAGAGCACUAUUGAUUAGAAGAAACAAGACAAUAAUCUAAAUUAUUUUAAAAAAAAGUGA